GUGGUGUUCGCCUGGAUGGCCGACAAGCGGCUGCUCUUCUACAAGUACGUGUACAAGCGCUACCGCACCGACCCGCGCAGCGGCAUCAUCAUCGGCGCCGAGGGCGACCCCCCCAAGAGCAUCGAGCUGGACGGCACGUUCUUGGGCGCCGAGGCGCCGGGCGAGGUGGGCGGCCUGGGCCCGGGACCCGCCGAGGCCCGCGAGCUGGACGCCAGCCGCCGCGAGGUCAUCCAGAUCCUCAAGGACCUCAAGCAGAAGCACCCGGACAAGGACCUGGAGCAGCUGGUGGGCAUCGCCAACUACUACGCGCUGCUGCACCAGCAGAAGAGCCGCGCCUUCUACCGCAUCCAGGCCACGCGGCUAAUGACGGGCGCGGGCAACGUGCUGCGGCGACACGCGGUGGACGCUUCGCGCAGGGCCACCCUGGCCGAGGGCGCCGGCGAGGACGAGGACGACGGCGCCAGCCGCAUCUUCUUUGAGCCCAGCCUCUACCACUGCCUGGAGAACUGUGGCUCCGUGCUGCUGUCCGUCACCUGCCAGGGCGGCGAGGGCAACAGCACCUUCUACGUGGACUACCGCACGGAGGACGGCUCCGCCAAGGCCGGCUCCGAUUAUGAGUACAGCGAGGGCACGCUGGUGUUCAAGCCGGGCGAGACACAGAAGGAGCUGCGUAUCGGCAUCAUCGACGACGACAUCUUCGAGGAGGACGAGCACUUCUUCGUGCGGCUGCUGAACCUACGCGUGGGCGACGCGCAGGGCAUGUUCGAGCCCGACGGCGGCGGGCGGCCCAAGGGGCGGCUGGUGGCGCCGCUGCUGGCCACCGUCACCAUCCUGGACGACGACCACGCGGGCAUCUUCUCCUUCCAGGACCGCCUGCUGCACGUGAGCGAGUGCAUGGGCACCGUGGACGUGCGCGUCGUGCGCAGCUCGGGCGCGCGCGGCACCGUGCGCCUCCCCUACCGCACAGUGGACGGGACGGCGCGCGGCGGCGGCGUGCACUACGAGGACGCGUGCGGGGAGCUCGAGUUCGGCGACGACGAGACCAUGAAAACUCUUCAGGUGAAGAUAGUGGAUGAUGAGGAAUAUGAGAAAAAGGAUAAUUUCUUCAUCGAGCUGGGCCAGCCACAGUGGCUUAAGCGAGGGAUUUCAGCUCUGCUACUCAAUCAAGGGGACGGGGACAGGAAACUGACAGCUGAGGAGGAAGAGGCUCGGAGAAUAGCAGAAAUGGGCAAGCCGGUUCUUGGGGAAAACUGUCGACUGGAGGUCAUCAUUGAGGAGUCGUAUGAUUUUAAGAACACAGUGGAUAAACUCAUCAAGAAAACGAACUUGGCUUUGGUGAUUGGAACCCAUUCGUGGAGAGAGCAGUUUUUAGAGGCAAUUACGGUGAGCGCAGGGGACGAGGAGGAGGAGGAGGACGGGUCCCGGGAGGAGCGACUGCCGUCAUGCUUUGACUACGUCAUGCACUUCCUGACGGUGUUCUGGAAGGUUCUGUUCGCCUGCGUGCCCCCCACCGAGUACUGCCACGGCUGGGCCUGCUUCGGUGUCUGCAUCCUGGUCAUCGGACUGCUCACCGCCCUCAUUGGGGACCUCGCCUCCCACUUCGGCUGCACCGUUGGCCUCAAGGACUCUGUCAAUGCUGUCGUCUUCGUGGCCCUGGGCACCUCCAUCCCCGACACGUUCGCCAGCAAGGUGGCGGCGCUGCAGGACCAGUGCGCCGACGCAUCCAUCGGCAACGUGACGGGCUCCAACGCCGUGAACGUGUUCCUGGGCCUGGGCGUGGCCUGGUCGGUGGCCGCCGUGUACUGGGCGGUGCAGGGCCGCCCCUUCGAGGUGCGCACUGGCACGCUGGCUUUCUCCGUCACGCUCUUCACCGUCUUCGCCUUCGUGGGGAUCGCCGUGCUGCUGUACCGGCGCCGGCCGCACAUCGGCGGCGAGCUGGGCGGCCCGCGCGGCCCCAAGCUCGCCACCACCGCGCUCUUCCUGGGCCUCUGGUUCCUCUACAUCCUCUUCGCCAGCCUGGAGGCUUACUGCCACAUCCGGGGCUUCUAGGGUCCCCCCCCAGAGACUCGGCCUGCCCCUCGAGACCACCGCCUCCGUGCUGGACUGGCUCUCCUCUGUCCUCCAGGGAUUCAGCCUCCUCUCCUGGGACUCGGCCUCCCUUCCUCCUGGGAGGCCAUCUCCCCCUGUCCUCGGUCCCCACUUACAGCCUCCUCCCUUCCCCUCGGGAGCCUCCCCAGGUCCUCCUGCGAAGAACAGCCCCUCAGUUACCUGCAACUCCAGCCCCUCCGUCCCUGUUCGUUACUGGCUUUGUUACUGGAGCAAUUUCCACCUCGAGGCCCCUCCCCAGAGAACGCUCCCUCAUCCGUAAUCCUCUACAGAGUCUCCCAUGUGUCUCCCUAGACACCCAGCCUUGCUCCAUGCCAUAAGUCCCCCUUCCUCUAGAGGACGCCCUCACCAC